UUUACAUAAUACUGUCCUUGCUACAGUGGAUACCUGAGGACUGCGUGACACAAGCGGACUAAAUAGCAGCUUAAGUUACCUUUUCGGGUAAAUUAUGUCUGUGAAACACGCUAUCAGCCGCGGGCUCGAGUUGGGCCGGUCGGUCUUUCAGCUGGGUCUCCUAAAAUCGGGUGGCCGGGUGGUAGCAAAGCUCCGAGCUGACCGUUUCCGUGUAGGCCCGUCGGUCCGCACCGUUCAGCCUCAGGCUUUCCUGCCGUCUCGGUACCGCUAUUACCGCACCUCUCUGAAGGGCCUGGCAGCUCAGCUACAGUCCGCCGGCUUUAGGAGAAGGUUUGGCGGUGGGUCUCCACGAAACCGGGCCGUGUUUUUGGCUUUCGGGCUCGGCGUGGGGCUUAUCGAACAACAGCUUGAGGAUGACAGAAAGAGCGCUGCGACCUGUCAGGAGAUCCAGGCUGUGUUCAGCAAGAAAAGAUUCCAGACCCCACUCAAGCCUUUCAGCUCUGGAUAUAAACUGGAGGAUUACAUUAUUGGGAAUCAGAUUGGGAAAGGCUCCAACGCUGCUGUGUACGAGGCUGCAGCUUCAUUUGCCUCUACGAAGGAGAGUAAGAAUGCUCAGGUGCAGCUGAGAGAAGAUGAAGAGGAAGGGGAGACUGCUCGAUCUCUGACAUGCUGCUCGCUAAAAACCUUUCCUCUGGCUAUCAAGAUGAUGUGGAACUUUGGGGCGGGGUCGUCAAGCGAGGCGAUAUUAAAAUCCAUGUCACAGGAGCUGGUGCCUGCAGGUCCUCUGGCCUUAAAGCAGGAAAAAGAAGAAAUAACUCUGGAUGGAGAUUUUGGAGUCCUGCCCAAAAGAGUGUCCGCACACCCUAAUGUGAUCAGAGUGCACCGAGCUUUCACAGCAGACGUCCCGUUGCUACCAGGUGCCCAGGAAGAGUAUCCAGAUGUGCUGCCAGCCAGGCUCAACCCCGCUGGUCUGGGCAACAACCGCACCCUUUUUCUGGUCAUGAAAAACUACCCCUACACGCUGCGGCAGUACCUGGAAGUGUCCACACCAGACCGGAGGCAGGGCUCUCUGAUGGUGCUGCAGCUCCUCGAGGGGGUCGACCAUCUGUGCAGACAGGGUGUCGCUCACAGGGAUCUCAAAUCUGACAACGUGCUGCUGGAGUUUGACUCUGACGGUUGCCCUCGUUUAGUGAUUACUGACUUUGGCUGCUGCCUGGCCCAGAGUGACUCUAGUCUACAGCUGCCCUUCAACAGCAUGUGGGUCAACAGGGGAGGAAAUGCCUCUCUCAUGGCUCCUGAGGUGACCACUGCGGUUCCAGGCUGUGGUGUGGUGAUUGACUACAGCAAGGCAGAUGCCUGGGCUGUGGGUGCCAUCUCCUAUGAGAUAUUUGGCCAGCAUAACCCGUUCUAUCGAGCAGUGGGACUGGAGAGCAGGAGCUACCAGGAGAAGCAGCUUCCUCCUCUGCCCUCCAGUGUUCCAGCUGAUGUGCAGUACUUGGUCCGAUUGCUCCUCAGGAGGAACCCAAGCAAGCGCCCCAGUGCCCGUGUGGCGGCUAACAUGCUGCAUCUUAGCCUCUGGGGACGGAAAGCCCUGGCCAAUCAGGACAGCGUUGGCAUGAGGAAGCUGGUUGAUUGGCUUCUGUGCCAGUCUGCUGUGGUUCUCCUGAAGGGCUGCAGUGGACCCAGUGGGAACACGGUAGAGGCGGAGCUUCAGAGGAGCUUCCUGUCUAACCUGGACCUGGAGGACCUGCGCUCCGCUGUGGGCUUCCUCCUGUAUGGACGAGAGCAACAUCAGGCCUGCAUUCUGUCUGCAUAGACGUACUCUCACUCAUUCAGACAAGUAGUUAAAGAGAGACUGGGAACUGAGAGUUGAAACUUGCUUUGAUAUUCAGCCAGACAUCUAUAUUUGUAAUAUUUAUAGUGUUAGCCUUUACAUCUAAUGGCACUCUUCCACUAUCCUACAUCAUCUAUGACUGUCAGUGUAUUCCAAUUAUUGUUAAUUAUAAAUGGUCUAAAUCACCAGUGUGGAUUGCCUGAUCCACUUUUAACCACUGUUCUCCAUUGCUUCUGAAAUCGCUGUUUUGCAUUUCCCAGAAUCCCAAACCUGUCUUUUAGGUGUGAGGGUCCCAUUUCACUAUCUGAGGAACUGCCCCACACUCAGCAGUGUGUACAGCAGUUUUUACCUGUGUGUUUGAUUAAACUUGGUCUGCAAAGCAGGUUUAGAUAAAGCUUCGGGUACAGGUGAAGGCCAAUGCAGAUAUUUUACGUUAGAGUAAAAAGUACGCACUGUACUUGUCAGAACCUACUGUGUAGGGCGACAUUAAGUUUCACAUAUUCCCAGGUAACAUGCAGCCUUUAAACAGCUCAUACAUCCAACAAACUGUCAGCAGCAAACAUCUUGCCAGUGGGUGUCUGUGUGAGGUUGUGAGAUCAAAUCAAACACUUAAUCACCCAUUCUGCAACAUAAUGCAUGCAAAAAUCUCCCCAACAUGUUACUACACAGUUAUCACAAUGAUGAUUGUAGAUACUGCAGAUUAUUUACUGACUUUAAGGGUGUGAUUUUGUUCCUGUGGUUUGCACUUUAUGUCCAUGUUUGCACUUGCUCAGAGCCAUUGUCAGGCCUUACUGGUCUUUGUUUAUUGCCAGAUUAUCUAAAAGCCUAUUAUGGUAAAUAAUUACAAAUAAAUAUGCCAAAUCCAUAAUUCAAAUAGAUUGGCAACAGUUAUCAAAACGAGUCACAUUAAGUCUACACUUUUGGCAUCAUAACAUGCAUAAAUAGAAAUAUUCAUGAGGUGAGUUAGGGAUUUAUGAUAUGGAGUGUUUUCAUGCUAAAGAUGGUGAGAACUAUUUUGGAUAUAUGUAGAGUUUUCUGCUGUUUCAGAAUAAAAGUAUAUC